ACUGCACACAAGAAGCCCUCACUCCAGAAGGUGUAAACUUUGACUAUAUUUACCAGGUUGGAUCUUCAACAGCUCUUUCAACCGCCUCUCAGGUAACAAGGAAUACGAAGGCAGACCAAGUAUUCGUCGAUAAAUAUUCCCAGGAGCCUGCAUCUGAACCAAUUACAAUAACACUGUGACUCGCCAUGGAUGAAGAUAUGGAAUUCGACGCCAACACGGCUCAGCCGACUCCCCAGUUUCAUCGUCAAAACUACUAUGACGGAAGAAAGAUGCUCGACUUGGUGUUUGUGCAAGACUGUACGGGCAGUCAAGGAAGCUACAUCUCAUCUGCAACGAAGAACAUCGAGGAGAUUUGCGCACAUAUUUUUGAGUCGGGGAAGCUUCAAUCGCAAGAGGAUUUGCGCGUCGGCCUUGUUGCGUUCCGCGACCAUCCGCCACAGGAUCACACAUAUGUGGUGAAGAACUUUGGGUUUUCAUCUGAUAUCAGCAAGGUACAUCGGGACCUUGCAGGGCUUUAUGCAUCUGGGGGUGGUGAUGGACCGGAGGCCGUGACAGCUGCGCUCGCAGAAGCACUCCAUAUGGACUGGAGGGAGCAUGCGAGCAAGAUGGUCGUUCUGAUUGCUGAUGCCCCACCGCACGGAAUAGGAGAGUAUGGGGAUGGAUUCGAUGAAGGCUCUCCAGAUGGACACGAUCCGUUGCAACUAGUUCGCGAGAUGGCUAGUCGGGGCAUCACGCUGUUCUUCGUUGCAUGCGAACCGGCGCUCAGUGGUUACUCGUAUGCAACAGAUUUCUACCAAGCAAUUACAACCAUCACAUCUGGGCUCAUGCUCCCACUUACAACAGCUGAUCUCCUCUCGCACGCGAUCGUAGGCAGUGUGUUGGAAAACCUCGAUAUGGAGCGCCUUGUUCGAGAGGUGGGGCAUGCUGUGGCGCAACGAAUUCUUGGGAACAAUGAAAGCGUCGAUGAUGUCGCCCGUGAAUUGCACGAGAAGUUGCUCCUCCGGAAUGAAAGCACCAAGAAAGUGGUGAUUGAAAGCAUCUACAAGGAGUCUCCCGAAGCUAUGCAUAACGUCGCGGUCUUCACCCACGCUACAUCGCUGCAUGAGGCGAAACCACAGUUGAAGAGGGUGCAAGGCACGCGUUUCACGGAAAAGUAUCUUAUCGCACGACAGACUGCGAACCGGAGUUUGUACUCAUAUCCAUAUUCGCCUCAUACGCCUUCGCGACCAGAGAAGACUUACUCUUCUAUAACGCCGAGUACUAGCCCCUUAACGUCGUCGUCCCCUCCUCGUAAAGUCGUAACUGACUUUGCUGCCUUCGGCGCGCCGAAGAAUGCCAGCGUGUUCGGCACUGCUGUCGCCUCGACGCCUUUUUCGUUGGCGGGUGGUAAGGCCGCUUUUGGCGGGGUGAGGGGUACUACUCGCCCGUAUGCUGAUGACGAUGAUGACGACGAUGACGAUGGUAGGCAGCGGGUGGAACUUAGGGAGGAUUCCAUCUCGCUUGAGCAGGCCCGGCGUAUCGCCAUGCAAAGCGCAUGGCGGAGCGUGCGAGGUUGAUGACAUCGGAGAUGUUUUUCGUUCUUCUGCAUCACGUUUUUGCACAUCAAUCGCAAUCAUUA